CCCGACCCAACCUACACUGCCACAGACACCCCGUCACCUAUCAGUGUCACAUGUCCAGGAGCUGCCUUGUCCAUUUGACUAAAUAUAUUAAGUUAAUUAACAGAUUUCAGCAGAAGUAGCAUUGAAUAUUUAAAUUUUACCAUAUUACAAUAAAAUGAUGGAUGAAAGACAGAACAAAGAAACUCUUCUGCUCUGUCUUCAAGAGCUCAAGGAGGCAGAAGAGACCCUAGUAGCAUACGCCGAAAAGGAGGUUAAGGCUUCAGUGAAAACAUUUGUGAGCAGUAAAAUAGGCAAGCUGUUCAGGUUGGCUAGUGUUUACAAAGAUAUUUUUGAAAGGCUUGGCAUACAGACAAAAGAUGAUUUUGAGGAAAAGAUCAAGCAUCAUUUCAGAUAUUCACCAUUAAGGGAGGCUUUUGAAGAAUGGCAAGAAGCUGAGAAUAAAUGGGAUGAUUUACUGAAAGAUGUGGACUCCCGCAUUGGCACAAAAGGGCCUCAUCCUUUAACUGAGGGUCAGCAAAUAUCAUUAAUGCAGAUGUUUAUUGAUGCCCGUACAGGAACCAGAAAGUGCCUUUAUGAUUUCUUUCACAAAGAAAAACCAUCUUCUGGAUCUGUUAUACAAGAAGCACCUAGUGAUGCAGGGAAUUCAGGUUUAUCAUCUUUCCUGCCAUUUCCAUCCUCUGUUGUGCUGGUAUUGUUAAGACAUUUUGCCUGACUACCAUGACGGCAGCAUCUUCAAGAGUUGAUAACAAAG